AUGGCAAGCGACUUCAAGAUCCAGCCUCUGGCUCAUCCUUCAGGGAAGACAUGCAAGGACCUGGAACCGAAGCGUGGCAGGGAGUUGCUGCAAAAGCUUGAUCCAGACUCCAAGAAAAUAGAUAACUCCACGUUCGCCAGGGCGUCUUACCCUAAAGAUGGCAUAGUAGCAGCCAUCAACUAUGUCGAAGUUCCGGAAGCGGGUGCUUUCGUGUUCAUCGGCAAAGACCCUCAAGACGACUCAAAAUACGGUAAGCCUGGCCUUGACAUGGGCGAUGCCAACUUCAACCAGUAUUACCAGAAGCCGCUCGCGGAUGCAGACUGCGAAGCCGGGAAGACUCGCUUCCAUUGGUGGCAUGUGGACGGCACCUACUGGAACACGCAGACAGUGGAGUGGGCUGACAGCUCUGGUCAGAGCAUGGAAGUCAAGCCAGGACGAACAGCGUUUGUAGAUGUCGAGCAAUUGUAUGAUAUGCUGAGCGAUGACGAGAAGAAGACGGUGGACCACAGCUGGGUUGAGUACAUGUAUUGGCCUUAUGAAAAGAUCAAGGGCUGCCGUGGUGCUCCAAAUGGCCUAGGCGUCGCAAACAAGGGCAGGGAACUGCCGGACGAAGAGGUAGAGGCGCAUGAGGAAGGAAGCAAAGAUUGGCAGAAAAAGCUUCCGCUGGUCUGGGUCAACCCCGUCACCGAUAAGAAGCCGUUCCAGGUACAGCAUAACCUUGCCCGUAGGCUGUUCAUCCGUAACGGCCCGAAUGACACACCCAAGGUCAUCGAUAACUUGGGUGAGGUCAGGAAGUUGUUGGAUAACAUCCAAGGAAGGAUGAUUAAGCCCGAGCACAUCUGGUUGGGUCCCGAGGAAGAACAUGAUAUCCUCCUCUUCCAGGACUACGGCCUCUUCCACACCAAGAUUGAUUACCCAGCCAGUUGGGAUGUCAGGACGGAGCAUCAGGGUUGGUUGCCUGGUGGCAAGCCACCUGCUGGGCCACACACAAUGGCUUUAACUGCCAAAUACGCGGCAGCCGUUGCCGUCUUUGUGAGCACUGUCAGCGCUAUUCCUUUGAAUGUGAUUGAAGGUAGCAAAUCCAAACCUCGAUUUGAUAUCAACUACAUCGAUCAGAGUGACAUCAGCAACUUGACUGCACAACUGGGUCUUGAAAAGAGGCAAGCUGGCUGCGGUGGUCGCCCGAGCGGUGUCAGCGGAAUUGCCAUCUGCGGCCCUGAUUUUCGUACGCUCGCCUACGGCACGAUCUUGGAUUUGCAUUACUGCAACGGUGACUCGCGAUAG